AAACACAGGAUAUCAGAGGAGGAGGCGACGGACACACACUAACGUCACUUUUUCUAAAGGUUCACAAUCAAAGUCCAACUGCUCCACCCCCCCGUGCUUUGUCGACUCUCUCUCUCUCUCUCUCUCUCUCUCUCUCUCUCUCUCUCUCGCUGCUUCAGAGAUGCCUCGCAUUGAGAACGACAUCAAGCUGGACUUCAAGGAUGUGCUCCUCCGUCCGAAGAGAAGCACGCUCAAGUCCCGGAGCGAGGUGGACCUGGUGAGGAGCUUCUCCUUCAGGAACUCCAAGGGCAGCUACAGAGGGAUCCCCAUCAUCGCUGCCAACAUGGACACCGUGGGAACCUUCGAGAUGGCCCUGGCACUGCACCAGUUCACUCUCUUCACCACGGUUCACAAACAUUACUCGGUGGACGACUGGGUGGAGUUUGCAGCGAAGCACCCCGAGUGUGUGGAGAGUGUGGCAGUCAGCUCAGGGACCGGCGACGGCGACUUUGAGAGGAUCUCCGCCAUCUUGAAGGCGGUGCCCAAGCUGCGCUACAUCUGCGUCGACGUGGCGAACGGCUACUCUGAACACUUUGUCCACUUCGUCAAAGACGUCCGGCAAAAGUUCCAGACACACACUAUUAUGGCAGGAAAUGUGGUGACUGGAGAAAUGGUGGAGGAGCUGAUCCUGGCCGGGGCUGACAUCAUCAAAGUUGGCAUCGGACCAGGUUCUGUUUGCACCACCCGCAAGAAGACAGGGGUGGGUUACCCCCAGCUUAGUGCCGUGAUAGAGUGUGCAGAUGCAGCCCACGGACUGGGCGGCCACAUAAUCUCUGACGGGGGAUGUACUUGUCCAGGAGAUGUCUCAAAGGCUUUUGGAGCCGGAGCAGACUUUGUGAUGCUGGGGGGAAUGCUGGCCGGACACUCUGAGAGUGGGGGCGAGGUCAUUGAGAAAAACGGCACGAAAUACAAGCUGUUCUAUGGAAUGAGCUCCGACACAGCGAUGAAGAAGCAUGCGGGUGGUGUGGCCGAGUACAGGGCGUCCGAGGGGAAGACGGUGGAGGUCACUUACAAAGGUCCGGUGGACGUGACGAUACGAGACAUCCUUGGGGGGGUUCGCUCCACCUGCACCUACGUUGGGGCGGGCAAGCUGAAGGAGCUGAGCCGCAGGACCACCUUCAUCAGGGUCACCCAGCAGCUCAACACUGUCUUUGGCAACUCCUGAAUGUCCAGUUCCAUCCUGAGUCAGAUCGAUGGAUGGGUCUGCAUCACUGCCAGUCUGUGCACUUUGUGCUGUACAAAAGUGAACAGACUCAUAUUCAUACUUAAAUAUUCCCCUCCUUAUCCUUUUUGUACACAUAAAUCAAAGUUUUUUUAAUUUUAAUGCAGCUUUAGUAUCUCAGGCACACAGACUCUGACCUACCUUAGACUACAAAUGUUAAAGCCAUUCUAUGUAACUUGUACUUUUACUAGCAACAGCGCCCUCUGCAGCCAUAUGUGGUGAAUCAUUCUGUUGAAUCUGUCUUCUCACAGCCCAUCGGAUUGUUUAAUGACGAAUGAGCGUCUAGGGGCAACGGACAAUAGUUUGGGGCUUUUUGUGUAGACAGUUUAUUAGUCAUCGAUAUUUAUUGAAGGUGUUUCUUGUCUAGCCGCCAUUUUGUCUCAUCUCUAUUAACAGCUUUCUGCAUGUGAAUGCAGAUAACUUAAAAAGGUGAUGCCCGAUGCUUCUCGGUCAACGUGUUGUGCCUUUUUCAUUCCUCAAGCAGAAGAGCUGCUGCUGUAACAAAUCCACUAAACUCUGCAUAGAAUUCUUCAUAUUUCCAAAGUUUCCUGGAUACGUAGAGCAAGAGCAGAUGUGUGGGGAAUGAAGCUGCUGUUUGAACAUAAAAAAGUUGCUUAGUGUUGCUAAAAUGGCAGGUGACAUCAUUGUCUCUACACAGUGAGAUGCAAGCAAGAGCAGUGUCUCCUCAGCUCUGUGCAUGUCCACUGUCUCAUCAUUCCAAUGCAAGGUCCUCACAAGUUCUCACAUUUAUGCAAAUCUGUGUUUGUCCAUAAACAGCACGUGGCUCUGUGCCGAGAUCGUACUGAGAACCUGUGUCACCCAAAUGUAAAAUUACAUUACAUUACUAUCUUAUAUACAAAGCCUAAAUAUGUACGAGUAUAAUUGUCAGACAGCUGUUUUUAAAAGACCCAGACAUUCCAUCACUUAUUGUGUUUUGCACUUUAAUGAUUUGAGCUUUGAUUUGUUUUCCCUGAUUUUAUUUUUGUCACAUUGGUGUGAAAAUUAUGUUUAUGUUGCCAAAACAUAUGAUUUUAAUGCAGUUUUAAAUUUUCUUUCCCCCACUUCAACAUUUUAUCCAGUCAAUAAAAAAAAAUGUCCACAUCA